ACAAUCUGUUAAGGAGUUUAAUCAUCCAAUUGAGAGUUGAGCAAACAAAAUUAGUAAGAAUUUUUCGGUAUCAACUUUUCCUGCCAAGGAAAUGGCUGGAGCUAUGGUGAGACUAAGUGCUUGUGCACUCCUCCUUUCGACGAUGGUUUUGGCAGUAAUGGCUGUACCACCGUAUCCUAAACACCCAGUCCCAAAUAAUAAGAAAUCAAAGUGUAAGGUGGAGAAAUACGACAAAUGUUUCAACAGUGAGCAUGUUUGCCCCUACAAUUGUCCUGGAGGAGACUGUGUUGUUGACUGUGUCUCCUGCAAGCCUAUUUGCAAAUGUGAUCUACCUGGAGCAGUAUGUCAAGACCCAAGAUUCAUUGGUGGUGAUGGCAUUACCUUCUACUUCCAUGGAAAGAAAGAUCAUGAUUUCUGCCUUGUCUCUGACUCAAACCUACACAUAAACGCUCGCUUCAUUGGACGUCGUAACCAAAACAUGAUGAGAGACUUCACAUGGGUUCAAUCAAUUGGUGCCAUCUUUGACAGUCACAAACUAUACAUUGGUGCACUAAAAACCUCAACAUGGGACGACUCAGUCGACCGCCUUGCUGUUACCAUCGAUGGAGAACCCAUUGAACUUCCACUUAGUGCAGGUGCCAAAUGGGAAUCUAACGGUGUAUCCAUCACUCGAUCACGUAACACCAACAGUAUCUCUGUUGAAGUUGAAGGUAACUUCAAGAUCACAGCCAAUGUUGUGCCCAUUACCGAGGAAGAAUCACGUAUCCACAAUUACGGAAUCACUCAAGGAGAUUGCUUUGCUCAUCUUGAACUAGGAUUCAAAUUUUAUUCAUUUAGCAGUGAAGUAAAUGGUGUGUUAGGCCAAACAUACGGCAAAGACUACACAAGCAAGGUUAACAUGUCAGCUGUGAUGCCAGUUAUGGGUGGAACUCGUAAAUAUUUAAACUCGGCUCUUUUCUCUACUGAUUGUUCAGUCUCUCGCUUUGGCCUUGAGGCGCCAGUCACUGCUGGAUCAGAAUUCGCUGGCUUGGAAUGCGGUAGCUCCAUGGAGGGUCGUGGAAUUGUCUGCAAGAAGUAGUGAAUCUAGAGAUGAAAUAUCUCUCACAAGUCACAACCAUUUGUGUUUUAAGUUCAUUUCUUUUGUUGUAUGUCUUACUAAGCGUCUGUCUGAACUUUGUAACCUGUAAAACGAAGUUCUUGAAUAAAGUUAAAAAUAUUAUUAUUGUGUGACUAAAUUAUUUUC